CUGGGAAGCGGUGGCUCAGGCAGAGCAGCUCUGCUGGCGCAGGCAGGAGGAGAAGGAGGAUUAUUAAAAAACGCAGCUCGACUCUGUGCAACUGGGAGUGGAGAAAAGGAGCCCAACAGCCGAGAAGGGGAGGGAGGGCAGAGGAAGGGACCAGGAAAGACACCCCCGUGCCCCGAAGACAUAAAUUUCUGAGUGCCCGGGAGGAGCCUUAACAAGCGGCGCGGAGCCCUUCAAGGUUGCUAAGUUGGCUAUCACAGUGCAAGCCUUGGAGUCCCAAUGGGGGACUCAGGAUCAAGACGAUCUACUCUGGUCUCCCGGUUGCCAAUAUUCAGGAGAAGUAUUAGCAGAAGACAUGAUUCUCUUCCUUCUUCACCGUCCUCCAGUAAUACAGUUGGUGUCCACAGUUCCUCUCCUUCCAGCACUAACUCAAGCUCAGGUAGUACAGGUAAACGCAGGAGCAUAUUCCGUACUCCUUCCAUUAGUUUCCACCAUAAGAAGGGGAGUGAACCUAAGCAAGAUGCUACCAACCAGAACCUUAGUAUUUCAAAUGGUGCUCAAUCUGGUCAUAGCAGUAUGCCAAAACUGAGUUUGGAAGAACAUAUUAAAACCAGGGGAAGACAUUCUGUUGGUUUUAGCAGUUCACGAAAUAAGAAGAUAACAAGAUCUUUAACAGAAGAUUUUGAAAGGGAAAAGGAGCACUCAACUAAUAAGAAUGUCUUUAUAAAUUGCCUAAGUUCUGGCAAAAGUGAGGGGGAUGAUUCUGGAUUCACAGAAGAACAAACUCGCCGUUCUGUUAAGCAGUCAACAAAGAAGCUACUUACUAAAUCUUUUUCAUCUCACUAUAAAUUUUCUAAACCAGUUCCACAGAGUCAAUCCAUUUCAUUGGUACAACAGUCUGGAUUCUCAUUGGAAAUUACACAGUUCCAGGAGAGAGAGCCUGUAUUAGUAAGAGCUUCUCCGUCUUGUUCCGUGGAUGUAACAGAACGGGCAGGAAGCUCUUUACAAUCUCCGUUGCUUUCUGCUGAUCUUACAACAGCUCAGACACCUUCAGAGUUCUUAGCCUUGACUGAAGAUUCUGUGUCUGAAACGGAUGCAUUUCCUCAAAGUGGAAGCAUGGCAUCCCACUGUGACAACUUUGGCCACAAUGAUUCUACCUCUCAGAUCUCUUCCAAUCCUGCUGCUGUUACAAAGACAACAAUAGACCUUAUGGGAACUGUUCCCUGUGCAAUUAUGUCUCCUGGAAAAUACAGGUUAGAAGGCCGAUGUAGCACUGAAUCUAAUUCCUUAUCAGAAACCUCUGCUGCUAAUCAGAAGGAAGUGUUAUUGCAAAUCACUGAACUACCUGUUAUGAAUGGGAACAACUCGGAGACUCACCAAUCGGGUGAUAUGCAAAGAGAAGAACAUAUGGUAGUACAAAAUGGUGAAAAAAUGUUGGUGACAAGCUCCCCAAGGAAACUUGGAUUUUAUGAGCAACAUAAAGCAAUAGCUGACCGUGUUAAAGGGAUUCAUCCUAUUUCAGAUUCAAGGAUAAUACCCUCUUCUGGUGAUCAUCAUAUUUUUAACAAAACAUCAUAUGGAUAUGAAUCAAACCCUGCCAAAGUUCUUGCCAGUAGCUUCAGUCCAUAUCAUGAAGGAAGAUUUAUAGAAAGACGACUGCGAUCCUCAUCUGAAGGAACUGCAGGGAGUAGCAGAAUGAUUUUGAAACCAAAAGAUGGAAAUGUAGAAGAAGUGAAUAGUCUAAGAAAGCAAAGAGCAGGUUCAUCAUCUUCAAAAAUGAACAGUAUGGAUGUUUUGAAUAAUUUGGGAUCUUGUGAACUGGAUGAAGAUGAUCUAAUGCUUGAUCUAGAGUUUUUGGAGGAACAGAAUCUUCAUCCUUCGGUUUGCCGGGAGGAUUCUUAUCACUCUGUAGUCUCAUGUGCUGCUGUGGUUCUACCAACGAUAGAAAUGAAGAAAAGAGAAGAACUAAAAUUUCCUGAACCUUCCAAACAGAAUCUUUCCCUGAAAUUAACAAAAGACAUUGAUCAGGAAGUCAGGUGUUCCCAUAUCAGCCGAAUGCCCAGCAGUCCAUCUGCAGACUGGCCCCUGCAAGGUGUGGAAGAAAAUGGAGGCCUUGAUUCUCUGCCCUUCAGACUGAUGUUACAGGACUGCACAGCCGUCAAGACGUUGUUAUUAAAGAUGAAAAGAGUUCUUCAAGAGAGUGCAGAUAUGAGCCCAGCAAGUAGCACCACUUCACUUCCCGUUAGUCCUCUUACUGAAGAGCCAUUGCCUUUCAAGGAUAUAAUGAAAGAUGAAUGCUCACUGCUGAAGCUGCAGCUGAAAGAGCGGGAUGAACUCAUUUCCCAACUUCAGGAAGAGCUGGAAAAAGUCCAGCAUUUACAGAAGGCUUUUGCUUCCAGAGUAGAUAAAUCCACACAGACUGAACUUCUAGGCUAUGAUGCCCUGUGGAAUCCUACAUGCACUGAAGGUUUAUUUAAACCAGUACAUAUUUCAACCUAGGUGAAAUCAUUUGACCAUAAGCAAUGUAUCACCAAUCUGUGACAUGUUAAAUAUUAAAUAAAACCAACUUUCCAUCAUUCCAUAUGUUAGCUGUUUCCCAGAGUAUUUAAUAGAGAAAUGUUUCCAUUCCAAAUAUUUCACACUUUCUGCAUUUGUACACAAUUGCACAAAAAACUGAUAGAUGAAGAUUGAACUCACAUAUUCCUACUUUAUUCUUAUUGUAUUUUGACAGCAACAACAACAAAAGACCUAUUUAAAAAUUAUCUCUAUAUGCAAGCUAUUUCUCAAUGUAACAUUCCACUUGGCGGUACACAUUUUUUGUUCAACCUUGUCAUUCAUAUCCUUUGUCUCUGUGGUAAUAGUCUUCAUUUAAUUUCACCACAUAUUCUAUGCACAUUAGGUAAGUUUGAAGACAGUGCUAGUUUCUCCCAUCCGAGGGGGACAAUUCCUAGUGAAGAACUAAAUUAUCUGUUUCUCUUGUAUUGAGAUCAAAAGAUGAAAGCAGUAUGUCUUCAAAUGAAAUAAAUAAUGAAGAGUCUUAUUCCAACUACAGAAAAUUAAAAACCUCUAUUUAUAUCUCCAAACAUGUAAAGAAAGUUUACUGGAUACUGACUGACCUCCUAUUAAGGGAAGUUUCUUGAGUGUGUCAUGAAAGAACACUUGUCUCCUGGAUUUGGCAUUGCUGCCUGAUUUCUGUGCAUCCCUGUUUAUUGCCUUUCUAUAAUAGCUCACUUUAUUAAAUGGCCAAGUGGCAACAGGGCACUCUUGAAUGUUGUAGUUUAUUGCAAGGGUAAGUAGCACAGCCCAGAAGUGGUUCAGUGCUGUGGGCAGGGUGCAAGGGCAACAGAAGAGAGUCACAGAGCUAAGGAGAAGAAAGCUUUUAUGGAGUUCUCUAUAUUUUGCAAACAGGCAAUGAAAUCAUUGUAAUUGUAGUAACAGUCAGAUACAUGUUAUAAAAUUUCUUAAAUUAUUCAAGUCAUUAUGUAAUAUAAUAUGAAUGAUCAAAUGCUGGGUUUAAA